AGUGUAUGAUAUGAGUUAGCUGAAGCCUGCUGAUGAGCAGUGCAUGGUCCUGGUGCUUGCUAUGGAGCUCACGUUGGUUUUACUGCUCCUUAGCCAGCCUUGCUGGGUAGCAGCUUCCUUCCAGCUGACCCUGCUACACACCAAUGACGUACAUGCCCGUGUGGAGCAGACUAACAAGGACUCGGGCAAAUGUGGUAACCCUGGGGACUGUUUCGCAGGAGUGUCUAGGAGGCUAACAAAAAUUAAGGAGAUUCGCAAUACCCACAGCAAUGUCCUAUUACUUGACGCAGGAGAUCAGUACCAGGGCACCAUCUGGUUCAAUGUCUUCAAAGGCAAAGAAGCAGCCGAUUUUAUGAACUACUUGAAAUACGACGCAAUGGCACUUGGGAAUCAUGAAUUUGACAAUGGGGUAUCCGGACUUUUAAAUCCAUUUCUUACAAAAGCACAAUUUCCUAUUCUGAGCGCAAACAUAAAAUCUGAUCGACAACUUUCACCAAAUAUUACCGGCUAUUACCUUCCUUAUAAAAUAUUACAAGUUGGUACAGAAAAAGUUGGAAUUGUUGGAUAUACCUCUAAGGAAACCCCAGUACUGUCUGACCCAGGUCCUCAUUUGAUAUUUGAGGAUGAAAUAGAAGCGUUACAGCCUUAUGUUGAUAAACUAUUAACUCUUGGUGUUAAUAAAAUCAUAGCUCUGGGACACUCUGGUUUUGAAACAGAUAAACUGGUUGCUCAGAAGGUGAAAGGAGUUGAUAUUGUUAUUGGAGGACACUCAAAUACAUUUCUUUAUACAGGCUCUCCGCCAUCCAAUGAGGUUCCAGUUGGUGCAUAUCCAUUCAUAGUAAUCUCAGAUGAUGGACGUUCAGUGCCAGUUGUACAAGCAUAUGCUUUUGGAAAGUACCUCGGUUACCUCAAUGUUACCUUUGACGAUCAAGGAAAUGUUUUGCAUUCUUCUGGAAAUCCAAUUUUGCUGGAUAGCAGCAUACCUGAAGAUCCAGUACUACUUGCAGAAGUUAACAAAUGGAAGGAACAACUCAGUAAUUAUUCUUCUCAGGAGAUAGGGAAAACAUUAGUAUAUUUAAAUGGCUCAUCUUUAGAAUGCCGUAAUCGAGAAUGCAACAUGGGAAACUUAAUUUGUGAUGCUAUGGUUUCCAACAAUAUUCGAUAUCCUGAUGAAACAAGAUGGAGUCACGUUUCCCUUUGCCUAUUGAAUGGGGGUGGAGUUCGAGCAUCAAUUGAUGAGAGAACCAGUAACGGAACCAUCACUUAUGAAGAGCUCAUAUCUGUUUUGCCAUUUGGAGGAACAUUUGACUUAAUUGAAAUAAAAGGUUCUACAUUGAAAGAAGCAUUUGAGCACAGUGUACACCGCUACGGGUCUGGUACUGGGGAAUUCCUGCAAGUUAGUGGAAUUAAAGUGAUCUUUAAUAUAGCUAAAAGUCCUGGAGAAAGAGUGGUCAGUUUACAAGUUAUGUGUACGGAAUGCCGUGUGCCAAGAUAUGUUCCUGUGGAAAUGAACAACACCUAUAAAAUUGUUGUGCCUUCAUAUAUUGCUGAAGGGGGAGAUGGCUUUGCAAUGCUGAAAAAUGGAAGCCUAAAACAUGAUAGUGGUGAUUCUGAUGUGGCAGUAGUUAGCAGUUACAUUAACAAAAUGACCAGAGUUUAUCCUGCAGUGGAAGGAAGAAUUACGUUUUCAGAUGCGGAAACGUGUAAUGGAUCAGCACAUUCCAUUCAAAGAAACUUUGCACUGGUUUUAUAUUUGACUCUAAUUGUAUUAAUAAAUAACCUACUAUAAUAUCAUGUGUUGCAUUUGUAAUAAAGCAUUUAUUGUUUUUUAUUUGUGUUAAAUAUGCCUAAGGGAUUAUUGAACUUUUUGUUAUCUAAAAUACUUUACUUACUGUGCCAACCCAAAAUUGUAUCAAAUAGUUCCCAAAAUGCCCUUAUAGGAUAUCCUCACCAGAGAAAUACAAUGUUAUAAUUCAUAAAAACUAACACUAGUGUGAUGUAAAGGCUCAAGUGCUCUAUGUCCCAUGAAGGUGCUCCACUCAAUCCCUGUUUAUUAUAACCCAAAAUAAUAACAUGGGGAAAAUGCAAAUUGUAAAUAGUUUACUCUUAUUCUUCUAAAUAUAAAAUAAACAUUAGAAUGUUCAUUGGUUUUCAUGCCUGUAUUGUUAUUGACCUUAACUGUUCAGUUUUAAAACAAAUAUGCAGUAGGUUCUUUGCUUACUCAGAUAUAUAAAAGUAGUGGUUUCAUACAUUGUUGGCCAGUUCCGGAGUCUAACGAUGGUUUGUGAGUAAAUCAUUGAGUGCAUUUUUAUGUACUCCAUAAAGUUUGUAAAUCAUUGCUGUGAUCUGUUAUUGUCCAAGCACCCUAGUACAUGCUACCUUCAUUCACUUUUAUGGUUAUAUUGUUCUAUAGUUAAACUGUAUAAAACAUAGAGAGUUGGAAGUAAAACACAAAUCAUAAGUUAUUUUACAGUGAAUAUAACUGGAAGCUUAUUUGGUUAAUUACUGUAUCAAUAUGUUAUUUAUAUUUAAGCAGUAUUUACAUAUUUGCUUUUCUUAAAGGGACAUUAAACACUUUGAUAUGGUAACAAAAAAUUAUCAUUCGUAUUUAUUAAAAAAAAUCUGCAAUAUACUUUCAUUAUUUAUUCUGUCCCCUUUUUCCUGUAAUUCUAUUCUGAAAUUGUGAGCUUUUCAGUUCCUGUUAGAAAUGGAAGUGCAGAACACUGUUACGUUCCACACAGCCAUUGGCUGCACACUCUAGUGACCUAUUAACAACUGCCCCUAAUUGGCCACAGCAGAUAAGGUAACCUAAGUUACAACAUGGCAGCUCCCAUUGUUUUAUAGACACUAAAACUUUACACUUAGUUUGUCAAUAUUUAAACAGCUAAUGAAACUUUAAAAAAAUACAUUUACAUGUUAUUCUCAGAUGAAUCUUUUCUUUGAAUACAUCAUUCUAUCUAUAAUUUAUUUAAUGUUUAUUAUCCCUUAAGUCCAAUUCUUAAAGGGACAUGAAACCCCCAAAAAUUAUUUUGUGAUUGAGAUAGAGCACACACUUUUUAACAAAUUUCCAAUUUACUUCUUUUAACUAUUUUGCUUUGUUCUCUAGGUUUCCUUUGUUAAAAAGUACACCUAGGUAGAUUAAGGAUCUGGGAGCUAGUUGCUGAUUUGUGGCUGCGCAUAAAUGCUUCUUGUGAUUGGCUAGUUUAUUUGCUCAACUAUCUCCCAGUUGUGCUUUGCUGCUCCUUCAAGAAAGGAUAUGAAGAAAAUGAAGCACAAUUUAUAAUAGAAGUAAAUUGGAAAAUUGUUAGCAAAUGUAUGCUCUAUCUGAAUCAUAAAUGAAAAAAAUUGGGUUUCAUGUCCCUUUAAAACUGUCUUAAAUAGACUGUCUGAUUAGUCAUUAGUACAGGUAGAACCUGAGUUUAUGCUUUGGCUCUGAAGUGUAACAGCCUGGCUGGACACAUCUUUACACUCCACUUCAUGCUGUCUUGCGUUACUGAUUUGGUCAAGUGAAAUUAAUAAGAAGUGACACUUUAUAGCCACUUAAAGGGAUAUUAUAAACAAAAUAAAAUCCAAUUUGCAUAAGCAAUUAGGAAGCAAUUAAAGGGACAGUCAAGUCCAAAAAAAACUUUCAUGAUUCAGAUAGUGUAUGUAAUUUUAAACAACUUUCCAAUUUACUUUUAUCAUCAAUUUUGCUUUGUUCUCUUGGUAUUCUUAGUUGAAAGCUAAACCUAGGAGGUUCAUAUGCAAAUUUCUUAGACCUUGAAGGCGCCUCUAAUCUAAAUGCAUUUUGACCGUUUUUCACCACUAGAGGGCAUUAGUUCAUGUGUUUCAUAUAGAUAACAUUGAGCUCAUGCACAUAAAUUUACUGAGGAGUGAGCACUGAUUGGCUAAACUGUAAGUCUGUCAAAAGAACUGAAAUAAGGGGGCAGUCUGUAGAGGCUUAGAUACAAGGUAAUCACAGAGGUAAAACAUGUAUUAUAACUGUGUUGGUUAUGUAAAACUGGGGAAUGGGUAAUAAAGGGAUUAUCUAUCUUUUAAAACAACAAACAUUCUGGUGUUGACUGUCCCUUUAAAUAUUGCAAAAUAAAUAGUUAAUGCUGUUUAAAUGUAUAUUGAAAAAAAUAAGGAAAUGCAUGUUUAUUUACAACUGAUAUUUGAUUAUAUAAGACCUGAGAAGUGGUAAUUAAAAGGACACACCACACCUUUUCAAUGGAAAGCGACCAUUCUACACACAAAAAGUUUCACUUGCCAUAAAAACAAAAAGAGGACAUAGACACAUACUGUAGUUUUUUACAGCUCAGAAGAAUCAGAAGUGUAAAUAAUUCUUGAAUUGUUAUACAGCAUUGUCCUUACCUUUUAAACUGAGAUUUAUUGUUUGUGACAGUUAAAAAAUGUGAGUAGUAAAAAUGGGCUCCGUGAGUCAACUAUGUGAAGUAAUGUCAUAGAAAUAAAGAGAUGAACUUGUGGACAAAAACUGAGAUUUAAACAGACAUAAAACAGGUUGAGAUCUGUGCAUAUCCUAAAAGGGCUAAUUAAUUAAAAAAUAAUUUGCAUAUUUUUUAAAAAACAAAUUGCUGGCAAGUAUUUUAAAAUAAUUUUAAAAAAUAAGCAAAAUGAAAUACAUAGCUAAGCUGCCUGGAGUGGCCAACUCUACCCCCCUAUCAGUGUUUAGACACAGGCAUUGUAUUUCACAGCUUCUAUGCAUGCUCCAGCAGAUAAUCCCUAUGCACUUUUGCAUUUUACCAAAACAACAAUAAAUAUAGAUACAGCCAGGGAAGGAAAUGUGUGGGGGAGUUAGAGCUUUACAAUUCAGAAACUAUAAAGAAAGGGUUAAUGGUGAGGCACUGCAGUAUAAAUUUGCAGGUAAAGUAAUUAAAGUACAUAUUGGCCUCUAUUUAACAAGGUCUGGCGGACCUGAUCUGACAGUGCGGAUCAGGUCCGCCAGACCUCGCUGAAUACGGAGAGCAAUACACUCUCCAUAUUCAGCAUUGCACCACCAGCUCACAAGAGCUGCUGGUGCAACGCCGCCCCCUGCAGACUUGUGGCCAAUCAGCCACCAGCAGGGGGGUGUCAAUCAGAGCAGGCGGACAGGGUUAUGGAGCAGCGGUCUUUGUGACCGCUGCUUCAUAACUACUGUUUCUGGCGAGUCUAAAGACUCGCCAGAAACACGGGCCGUCAAGCUCCUUUCAGAGCUUGAUAGAUAGGCCUCAUUGUCUCUAUCCCAAAUUGUUGUUUGUCCCUUUAAUAAAUAAUGCAUCUUAAUUUUAGCUUUAUGUCUCUUCAAGGUGUUUUUUAGUUUGUUAGGUUAGUUUGUAGCCACUAAAAUGGAAUUUCAGGAACCUAAUACCCUUUCUGUUAAAAAAGAAUUUUCAUUAAUCUUCUGGUCUUUAUUACAUAAUAUAUUUAAAUAAGUGUACCAUAGGGGUAUUCCCUAUCACCACAGUAAAUAAAUAUUUGCAUAGGAUAUCUAAUAUUAUUACCUUUCACAUAUGUCUAAUCUGUAUAGAAAACAUCCACAGUUUCAACUUUUUUUCUAUUUUGUUCUACUAAUAUAUCUAAAAAGUUUCUAAUGAUCUGGUUAGCCUUUCUCAGCCCAAGUCUGACCUUAUCUACAAAACAUAUUUCUUUGUAGAACCAGUAAGGCUUUUUAAUUAUAUUCCAAGCUCUUAAAAAUUAAAUGGAUCAUUUUUAGUAAGGCUAUAAAGUAUCUGCUUGUAUUAUUCAUUUUGUCAAAAUUAGAUGUGUAACUUAUGAUCACGUCUGUGCAAAUUGUGGAAAGAGGACUUAUUGCUGUAAAUAUUUAGGUUAAAAACAAUAAGGAAGCAUCAAAUGCAUUUGUUCUACACACCUGUUCCCUGAAUUGUUGUGCUGAACUUUUUAUGUUAAUAUAGUGAAUAAAUACUCUCACAUUUAUAAUUGAUACUCAAGGUUGAAGCUAAUGUUCAGACUUUAUAUACCUCAGCUUUGUCAUGUGUAUUUCUGUACAUUUACCAAAGACAAUAGACAUUACAGCUUUUAAAUAUAACUUAAACUAUGUUGUACAUAUAUUUGUAAAUUGUUUGAUGCCUACAUUCAACCCUUAUUUACUAAUAAUAAAAAAAAAUAUUUUAACAGUG